AUGGUCGACCAUCACCAUCGGAGCACCACGAAGCAGGCGCACAAGCCCUACAAAUCAAAGCACAUGAGCAAGGGCGCAAUCAAGGACAAGAACAAGGGCAAGGUCGAGUCAGUAGGCUUCGAACGCGGAACGAGAAAGACACCACACCAGCAGAUGAUGUCCAAGUUGGACCGCCGCAACCAGGCCAAGCAGAAGCGUCUAGUCAAGGAUGCCGAACACGAUCGCCAGACCAACGUAUUCCACGGAAAGAACGCCGCUCCUCGCAUUUGCGCCGUCAUUCCUCUCUGCGAAGACAUUUCCAGCGCAACCGCCGUCCAGAACCUCGUCCGCAGCGUCGACAUUGAAGACGAAGCCCCGAACAGCAACCUCUGGAAAGUCGACGUUGGCCGCUUCAAGCAAAAGCUGCAGUUUAUCACUCUCGGACGUCGCGAUGUCCUCGACGCUCUGGAUGCCUGCCGUGUCGCCGACUUUGUCAUCUUCGUUCUGAGUGCCGAUCAAGAGGUGGAUCCGGUGGGAGAGCAGAUGCUGCGUACAAUUGAGAGUCAGGGUGUGUCGAACGUCAUUACUCUGGUUCAAGGACUCGACCAAAUUGAGCCCGCAAAGAGACGCCCGCAAGUUCUGGGCUCGCUCAAGUCCUUCAUCACCCAUUUCUUCGCUACUCAGGAGCGCGUACAUUCCCUGGAUGCCCGCCAGGACUGCGCCAACGUUGUUCGUUCGCUCUGCACAACCACACCCAAGGGAAUCCACUGGAGAGAAGCCAGAAGUUGGAUGUUGGUCGACGACAUGGCCUGGCCCGAGGAUGCUUCAAACACUGUUGUUUUCACCGGCACUGUUCGUGGAAGAGGCUUGAAGGCCGACAGACUGCUGCAAGUUGGAGAUUGGGGUGACUUCCAGAUCGAGAAGAUCAUGGCUGCCGAGCCUCUGGAGAGUAAGAAGAAGCACGGUACCGACGACAUGGCCAUGGACGACGUUCCUCAGCAGGACAACGUCCUCGAGCUGCCUUCCGAGGACCAGGACGAUAUUGCCGACCUUGCACCUGAGGAAACAGCUAUGACAGACUUUGCUCCUUCAGUUGCCGCCACUGAACGUAAGGGUGUUUUGCUGGACGACCACCACUACUUCGACGAGGAUGAGGACCCGGAGGCCGCAAAGCCAAAGAAGCUGCCCAGAGGUACCUCGAAAUACCAGUCUGCCUGGUACGUAGGAGAUGUUUCAGACUCUGGCUCCGAUCUGGAAGACGCCGACGAGGAGAUGGACGAUGCAAUGGAGGACGCUGUUCCUGCUGACGGCACCGAGGGUCUCGCUCCUCGUGAGCCCACCGAAUACGCACCUUCAGAAUACCCGCAAUCAGAGAUGUUCUUGGACCGAUCACCUGAAGACGAAGCCGAGCAAUUGGCCGCUUACCGCGAGUCACGAAAGGCAGAAGCUGAAGAGGAUCUCGAGUUCCCUGACGAAAUCGAAUUGCACCCCAACGUGUCUGCUCGCGAGAGACUUGCCCGCUACAGAGGUCUCAAGAGCUUGCGUACCAGCGCAUGGGAGCAGGACGAGGACAAGCCGCAUGAGCCCGCAGAGUGGUCGCGUCUGCUCGAGAUUGCCAACUACAAGGCAGCACAACACCGUAUGGUCAGCGAAGCCCUGGUCGGAGGUGUUGCCCCCGGAACUCGUGUCCACGUAUACGUCCGCCUUGGUGAUUCGUCCCCUGAGACACUCAAGACUCUCCCCACACCAACAGGUAUCUUCUCGUUGUUGCGCCACGAGCACAAGCGCACUUCGGUCAACCACAGCAUCACUCUCAGCAGCGACUACCCUGCACCGCUCAAGUCAAAGGACGAGCUGAUUAUGCAAUGCGGCCCUCGUCGCUUGAUCAUCAACCCCCUGUUCUCGCAAGCAGGCAACACACCCAACAACGUGCACAAGUUCGACCGCUACUUGCACCCCGGUCAAACAGGCAUGGCCUCAUUCAUCGGUCCCCUGACCUGGGGCAACGUUCCUUGCUUGUACCUCAAGCGCACAUCCACCAUUCCUCCACCUCCCGCCGACUCAGAUGACGAGGACAACGACAAGAUGGAAGACGACACAGACGCCAACAAGCCUCUAUACACCCUCAUCGCCACCGGUACCUCAGUCGCCCCCAGCACCAAUCGCAUCAUCGCCAAGCGCGCCAUCCUCACCGGUCACCCUUACAAGAUCCACAAGAAGCUCGUCACCAUCCGCUACAUGUUCUUCAACGAGGAAGAUGUCGCCUGGUUCAAGGCCAUCCAACUCUGGACCAAGCGUGGCCGCAGCGGUUACAUCAAGGAGUCUCUUGGUACGCACGGUUACUUCAAAGCCACCUUCGAUGGCAAGAUCAACCCCAUGGACGCUGUGGGUAUGUCCUUGUACAAGCGCAUGUGGCCUAGAUGGGCAAGAGAGUGGAGACCUGGUAUGGAAACCGCCACUCUGGAGAACGAGAAGGGUGAUAUGAUUGCUUAG